AUGGUAUCACACGACCAGGUCGCCCAUCAUGGAAGCUAUCUUCAUCCCAAAAAGGCCGGCAUCAAGAAAGAAGGAUCCCAGAGGCCGCUGAAGAAGACCAGGAUCACGCAGCAGAUGAAGAUCUGGACCAUGACCUGGCAGCAAUAUUUGUUGAAAGCGAGCUCCAGGCUCCAGAAGGAUCUUCUCUGUCACCUUUCCCAUCGAUUUGACCUUGGACAAGGCAGUUUCUCUUCAUUGCCAUGUUCAGUGCAAUCUGCCAAGGAGCUGCAGCUGGCGGAUCUUCGACCGGCUCGUAUGGCAAUGUGUCAUCGCCCAGGCUGGCAGAUUUGUGAGCUUCGGGCAGCUGAGGCUGAGAGGUGGGAAAUGGUGGGAAGCUCGUAUGCCCAUGUCAAAACUAUAUUCAAAAAACUGCUGCAUCCGCUUGCAUUCUCAUGA